UCCAAAGUGGGCGGUGCUCUUCUCUCUCGGGCGGUUCCAAGUAGAGGAUGGUGAUGAAGGCCGCAGUCCCGGAGGUGGAGUCGAGGUGCUAGGGGUCUGGGGUAUAGAUGCCCUGCAGGCAGUCUUUUAGAGCCCGGGAGAGGGGUCUGGACUGAGCGGAUCCGGCAGAGCAAGAGAGAGAGAGGCUCAGGUGCUCCAGCCCCCGGUUCACUCGGCCACACUCACCAUGUGUGAAGAGGAGACCACUGCGCUCGUGUGUGACAAUGGCUCUGGCCUGUGCAAGGCUGGCUUUGCUGGAGAUGAUGCCCCCCGGGCUGUCUUCCCCUCCAUCGUGGGCCGCCCUCGCCACCAGGGUGUAAUGGUGGGAAUGGGCCAGAAAGACAGCUACGUCGGGGACGAGGCUCAGAGCAAGCGAGGGAUCCUAACUCUCAAGUACCCCAUUGAACACGGCAUCAUCACCAACUGGGAUGACAUGGAGAAGAUCUGGCACCACUCCUUCUACAAUGAGCUGCGGGUAGCACCUGAGGAACACCCCACCCUGCUCACAGAGGCCCCCCUAAAUCCCAAGGCCAACAGGGAGAAGAUGACCCAGAUCAUGUUUGAGACCUUCAAUGUCCCUGCCAUGUAUGUCGCCAUUCAAGCUGUGCUCUCUCUCUAUGCUUCUGGCCGCACAACAGGCAUCGUGCUGGAUUCGGGGGAUGGCGUCACCCACAAUGUCCCCAUCUAUGAGGGCUACGCAUUGCCCCAUGCCAUCAUGCGUCUUGACCUGGCUGGCCGUGACCUCACUGACUACCUCAUGAAGAUUCUCACAGAAAGAGGCUAUUCCUUUGUGACCACAGCUGAGCGAGAAAUUGUGCGAGACAUCAAGGAGAAGUUGUGCUAUGUCGCCCUGGACUUUGAGAACGAGAUGGCCACAGCAGCCUCCUCUUCCUCCCUGGAGAAGAGCUAUGAGCUGCCAGAUGGGCAGGUCAUUACCAUUGGCAAUGAGCGCUUCCGCUGCCCUGAGACCCUCUUCCAGCCUUCUUUCAUAGGCAUGGAGUCUGCCGGGAUUCAUGAAACCACCUACAAUUCCAUCAUGAAAUGUGACAUCGAUAUCCGCAAGGACUUAUAUGCCAACAAUGUCCUCUCCGGGGGCACUACCAUGUACCCUGGCAUUGCUGACCGGAUGCAGAAGGAGAUCACAGCCCUGGCCCCCAGCACCAUGAAGAUCAAGAUUAUUGCUCCCCCAGAGCGGAAGUACUCAGUCUGGAUUGGAGGCUCCAUCCUGGCUUCUCUCUCCACCUUUCAGCAGAUGUGGAUCAGCAAGCCUGAGUAUGAUGAGGCAGGGCCCUCCAUUGUCCACAGGAAGUGCUUCUAAAGUCAGAACAGAUUCUCUGGGGAUCCCCUUGAGACUGCUCUGUUACUAAUCAUGAAACAUUAAAACCUGCAAGCCUUA